AUGAACUUGUUGGCCGGAGUAGACGACAGCUUUUACUUCACACGUGAAGGCUACUCCCACCUGAGUGACUCAGAAUGGGAGGUAGUCGGCCGUAUAUGUGUGCUCAUGGGUGAACCCGCCAUCAGUGGUAUGUUGGAGUCUCUUAGUAGAGACCAGCAAUAUGUUGCUACCAAUAAGAUCCAACAAGGGGAACUUGCCAUCGAAAGACGGAAGGAUGCCUUGCUACGACAGCAAGGCUCUCUUCAGUCGAUGGGUGGGCCGACGCACAUGCGUCGACCCGAAACCUUGAAGAUAGAUAUCUCAAGGUACAAGGGAGCCGAUGAAGAUUCUGUUUUGCGAUGGUUCGUUGAGUUAGACGAUGCCAUCAGGGCCCGUCACAUCGAGGGUGACGAGAUGCAAGUCACCUUCGCCCCGUCAAAUUUGACGGGACAAGCAAAGACUUGGGCCUUAGGGCUCAAGCUUCACGACCCAAACGUGUUUGAGUCGUUGGAGAUCUUAAAGGCUCGGCUCAAAGAGACUAUUGAGCCGCCGAGAGCUGAGUCCAGAGUACGCUCUGCACCCUUGAGGCUUAAGCAAGGUAAGCGUGACGUGCACGCUUACGCACAGCACCUACGCUACCUUGCAAGUAGCGUUACGGAGAACCCUGCUGAUGAGCCCACGCUCAUUAACGUGUUCAUCUACGGUCUUGUAGAUGGACCGGUGAAGACCUACAUGUUCCGGGAGGACUUCCAUACGCUGGAAAAGGCGAUAUCGUAUGCAGAACAAGAAGACUUCAGCCUGAGACAGUCUGAGGCGAACACGUCAAACUAUCGUCCUAAGAGACGACAAGAAACAGGAGGUCCGAACCAAUGGACAUUUUUUGCAUCAAGAGCGUGA